AUGACUCGCAACGUCGAGCUGCUCCGAGCCCUGAGCUCGCUGACCUCGGAGAUCGACCACAUGAACGACUCGAUCAAAAAGUCGUACAAGAACUACAAGCAGAGGCUCGACGAGGUUCAGUCCCACCCUGAAACUCCGAGCCCUUCUCGGCGCCCCGUCAGGUCAGCAGGAAGCGAGCCACCGCUGGUUCCCAGGCUCCUCUCCCUCCCGACCCCCCAGGAGAUGAAACUCGUUCAGUCUGCCCGGACGCACAGAAGCGGCAUCGACUAUCGGCCGCUGCGAUUGUUCAAUGGACGAGAGGAUGGCUCCAUGACUGCUCGAUGCGAGUGCUGCAAACGAGUGCUAAGGAGCCCGAGGAAACCACCGCGCGCUGCGGUAGAGACGAGCAGGCCGAGAAGAGGAGUUUAUGACAGUCUUGACGAGGCAAAGCUGAUCCAAGCAGACACGGCGACGCUCCUCAACGUCGUCCACGAGCAUGCGGAAAGCAUGCAAGUCGUCGUCAUCGAGGAGAACGUCAAACUGGCAACCCCUUCCAGCAACGCGCUGCAGCAUCGGCCCAUCGAGCACAGGCUGCAGCGAUGGUGGCUGGAGCUUGCUCCAUCCCACCGUCAGAACCUGUAUGAGGAGAUGCUCAAGUCGUUCGAUCACGCGUCCGAGAUAGCUCUGACGCUGGUCCCCGAGAUCUCCGAGACUUGUUUCAACCCCCUCAGGCUCUCAAAGCUCUUCCAAGAGAUCGUCUCCCCCUGGAUGAUCAAACCGCCAAAGGUUAGGAGAGCAGCCCUCAUGAUGGGUCGGGACUUGUCGGCUGCCCGGUCAAGAUCACCUUCCUCUUCCCAUGAGUCGAGGAUGCAGCGGGCGGACCAGGCGAUCUCGCGCGCAAAGACGGUCCUUGCUCUGCGAGAGAUCAGCCAUAUCAUCGAUGCGACGAGGCCCCGCAAGAAUGAGAUGGAGGCUACACCUGACAUGGAGGGUGGAGAGGAGCACUUCAGCAGCGGAAAUGAAGGGAUGCAGCGCAGCGAACCCGCAGGUUUCAACGAGGUUGAUGAGCAGCACAUGGUCAGCCUGACGACAGCACAAGAACACUGGCUCCUGUGCAUGACCAUGUGGUACAAGUCGGAGGGAACGUGGAGGGUCCGUGAGCUGGACGAAACCAACGAGGACCGGAACCUGCUCAAGAGGAUCUUCCGGGACAAGGAUAUCUCCUUCCUUUCUUCCGAUGCCCCUGCCUCCAUGCUCGCCCCUCACAGCUCGCUAGCUCGUGUCGCCAUCAAGCAGGGGAUGGGCGUCAGCGGCGGGGACGGUGUCAGCGGCAUGUUUCGUCGGAGCAUUCAGAUCCUCGAGACCCCCCGAGCCAAAGUCUGCGCGUCGCUCCUCUCACGCGGCAUUAUCUCUACUACUUGA